AUGUAUUUUGAAUAAGAAUGUAGAAAAUUUUUGAGACCACUUAGAUUAGAAUAUCAAAUGUUUGACAUGGGUCCUGAAAGACUCUCUCUUGCAAAUGGAACCUUGUUCAAACAUGAAAUUAGUGUAAUAAAUUGUUAGGGUCACCAAUUGAAAUGCUCCUUUUUUGAGAUAAACCCAUAAAGUGAUUGCUGUAUAAUUUAUUGCCAUGGUUUUAACGGCUGCCAAGUAGAAGGAGUGAAAUAUGCUCAUGUUGCUGCUCAAUAUAAUCUCAAUUUUUGCACUUUUGAUUUUCAAGGGUGUGGUCAAAGUCAAGGGGAUUUGAUUACUUUUGGUUAUUUAGAAUAGAAUGAUAUCACAUGCAUUAUUUUAGAUAUCAAAAAAAGAUUCUAAUAAAACUAAUUUAUUUUAUGGGGGAGAUCAUUGGGAGCGACUACUAUCUAGUUAAAGAAACAACCAUAUGUCAUUGGUUACGUGCUGGAUUCAUGUUUUACUGACUUGAACAAGGCAUGUGUGAGUAUGAUUUAGAAGUCCACUUCUUUACCAAAGUUGAUAAUUAAAAGUGCAUUAUAUCUACUUAAAGGGAAAAUUGAAUCAUAAGGCAAUUUCAAAUUUGAAGACAUCAAAAUUUAAAGGGCUGACUCUAGUGUCCCAACUCUCUUUAUUUGUAGUGAUUAAGAUACAUUAAUCAAAUCCAAAAAUACUAUUGGCUUAUUCUAGUAACAUAAUGGUUUGCGAGACCUCAUAAAGAUAUAAGGAGAACACAAUGAUUCCAGGUCCCUUUAGUUGAUUAACUAAAUAUGUUGUUGGUGUAAAGAGAGAUUUCAAUUUAACUUUUAAUAAUCCUGUCAGGAAUCAUCACCUGGAGAAAUUCGAAAAAAAUAUUAGCACCUUGCAGGAAGAAGCAGUCUAGUACAUACUCCUUCGGAUAUUAUAAGCAAAUAUGAAUAAAGCAGAUAAUAUGUUAAUCAUUGUCAAAACCAAUCUACAUCAGUGCUCAAAUACAAUAAUCAAUAUGUCAUCCAAACAAAAAAACUAUACUAUUAAGAAUAUCCUUAAAAAAUUGUUGGUUAAUAAUUCAAAAUCUUAUAAUAAAGGAUGAGUUCGGAAAUAGGGAACAGCAUCAAUUUUAUUCACAAACCAAUAUUUGAUUGA